CCGGUGGCGUGCAUGGCGCGCCCUAAGCCUGGCUUCCGCGGGCCCCCCCGGACCGCCCCCGGGGCGCAGCGGCUCUUGGGCCGGCCCCUCUCGGCCGGCUGCAUUUGAGCCCCGGCCCUCGAUCUCUGGAUGCCGUGCUCCCCGAGAGAAGCCCGCCUGCGUUGGGGCAGAACGGCGGCGGCGCUGCGCCGGAUUCCGCCCUCCGCCUAGUCCUCCAGCGCCCGGCCGCGGUGGGCCGGCAGCCGGUGGCGAGGAUCCUGGGGCUUUCGGAGCCGGCGCGACAGCCCUCCUGGGCCGGCGGGUCCGGGCCAGCCCCGCUCCGUUUUGGGGGAAGGGGGAGGCGAAAGGGGAAGGGCCGCGCUGCAGGAGCGGGUCCUCGCCGCCGCCCCCUGAGCGGACGCGCUGAGGCUCGGCUCUGCUUUCGCCGGGGCCAAGCUCCCAAUCUCGCCGCGGGAGGUGGGGGAUGCGGGCGACGGCCCCCUUGGGCUACAGGACCCUCCCCCCAGGGCUCCGGAGCUGUUGCUCCGCCCGCCGCCCCCUCCCCCGUCCUCUCCACCCCCCAUCCCACCUCCCCACCCCUCGUAAGAAAAUAAUGCUGGCUGGCGCCCGCACCUCCCAGUCGCUCCCAGUCUGCCGUGAGGAAAGGGUGCCCGCUUGGUUUCCACGCCGGGACCCCUGCCGAGCCGCCCUAGCUGCCUCGCCUCGUGUGCCGCUGGGCUCCGCUUAGGCAGAAUCUGCGAGCGCCGCGCCCGGGCAUUGCCAGCUCCGGGGAGGCGCCGCCCGCAAGGACACCUCGCCGUCCCGCCUCGUCCGCAACUCCGGUCCUUGUCGAGCUCGACGCGAGCCAGGAGUCCGGACGUCCCUCUGCGCGCGGCGCAGCAUCUCGAGCAGUCCCCACUGCCCCAGCUUGGAGCCAACUCCAUCUCGGACCUGGGACUCCUGACGCGGAUUCUCAGCCACUUCUCACCUCGGGGCUGUAACUGCCUCCCACUCUCUCUCCCGCUGCCCUCCUUCUCCGUUCAGCACGGGGGUGCCAAGAUGCCCAGCUACUGCCCAGGGCCCAGGGCCGCCCCCGUCGUGUGACCCCAGCCUGGUCCCCCUGCUCGGCCGUCCGCCCUCCCCUUGGAGACCCCCGGCCCGGCCCCCGGGGGGGGAGGAGGAAGAAGACGACGAGGCCGAGGGGGGGAUGUCCAGCUCCAAAAGCGUAAGCCCCCCGGGCUACGCGGCGCAGACAGCUACGGCGCCGGCGUCCCGGGGAGGCGCGGAACACCGCUCCGCGUGGGGCGAGGCCGACUCCCGAGCCAAUGGCUACCCCCACGCCCCGGGGGGUUCGGCCCGCGGCUCCACCAAGAAGCCCGGGGGGGCGGUGACCCCGCAGAAGCAGCAGCGCCUGGCCAGCCGCUGGCGCAGGGACGACGACGACGAUCCCCCGCUGAGUGGAGACGACCCCCUGGCUGGGGGCUUCGGCUUCAGCUUCCGCUCCAAGUCGGCUUGGCAGGAGCGCGGUGGCGACGACUGCGGUCGCGGCAGCAGGCGGCAGCGGCGGGGCGCGGCCGGCGGGGGCAGCACCCGGGCGCCCCCUGCGGGCGGCGGCGGCGGCUCCGCGGCAGCUGCGGCCGCAGCCGGCGGGACGGAGGUGCGCCCCCGCUCGGUGGAGCUGGGCCUGGAGGAGCGGCGGGGCAAGGGCCGCGCGGCCGACGAGCUGGAGGCCGAUGCCGUCGAGGAUGACCAAGGGUCCCGGGAUGGCGGCAGCUCAGCAGGCUCGGGCGCGGGGCCCGGCGCGGUGCUGUCGCUGGGCGCCUGCUGCCUGGCACUGCUGCAGAUAUUCCGCUCCAAGAAGUUCCCGUCGGACAAGCUGGAGCGACUGUACCAGCGCUACUUCUUCCGUCUGAACCAGAGCAGCCUCACUAUGCUUAUGGCUGUGCUGGUGCUCGUCUGCCUCGUGAUGUUGGCCUUCCACGCAGCGCGGCCCCCGCUCCAACUGCCCUAUCUGGCCGUGCUGGCGGCCGCUGUGGGUGUGAUCCUUGUCAUGGCAGUGCUCUGCAACCGUGCCGCCUUCCACCAGGACCACAUGGGCCUGGCCUGCUACGCGCUCAUUGCUGUGGUGCUGGCGGUCCAGGUGGUGGGCUUGCUGCUGCCCCAGCCGCGCAGCGCCUCGGAGGGCAUCUGGUGGACUGUGUUCUUCAUUUACACCAUCUACACUCUCCUGCCGGUGCGCAUGCGGGCCGCGGUACUUAGUGGGGUGCUCCUGUCUGCCCUCCACCUGGCCAUCGCCCUGCACACCAACGCCCAGGACCAGUUCCUGCUCAAGCAGCUCGUCUCCAAUGUCCUCAUUUUCUCCUGCACCAACAUCGUGGGCGUCUGUACCCACUACCCAGCUGAGGUCUCCCAGAGACAAGCCUUCCAGGAGACCCGGGAGUGCAUCCAGGCGCGGCUCCACUCGCAGCGGGAGAACCAGCAGCAGGAGCGGCUCCUGCUGUCUGUCCUUCCCCGCCACGUUGCCAUGGAGAUGAAAGCAGACAUCAACGCCAAGCAGGAGGAUAUGAUGUUCCAUAAGAUUUACAUCCAGAAACAUGACAACGUGAGCAUCCUGUUUGCUGACAUCGAGGGCUUCACCAGCCUGGCAUCCCAGUGCACCGCCCAGGAGCUGGUCAUGACCCUCAAUGAGCUCUUCGCCCGCUUCGACAAGCUGGCUGCGGAGAAUCACUGUUUACGUAUUAAGAUCCUGGGAGAUUGUUAUUACUGCGUCUCAGGGCUGCCUGAAGCCAGGGCGGACCAUGCCCACUGCUGCGUGGAGAUGGGCAUGGACAUGAUUGAGGCCAUCUCGCUGGUCCGGGAGGUGACAGGUGUGAACGUGAACAUGCGUGUGGGAAUCCACAGCGGGCGAGUGCACUGCGGUGUCCUUGGCCUCAGGAAGUGGCAGUUCGACGUCUGGUCUAACGAUGUCACGCUGGCCAACCACAUGGAAGCUGGAGGCAAGGCGGGACGCAUCCACAUCACCAAGGCCACCCUCAACUAUCUGAACGGCGACUACGAGGUGGAGCCAGGCUGUGGGGGAGAGCGCAACGCCUACCUCAAGGAGCACAGUAUCGAGACCUUCCUCAUCCUGCGCUGCACCCAGAAGCGGAAAGAAGAGAAGGCCAUGAUUGCCAAGAUGAAUCGCCAGAGGACUAACUCCAUCGGGCACAACCCGCCGCACUGGGGGGCCGAGCGUCCCUUCUACAACCACCUGGGCGGCAACCAAGUGUCCAAGGAGAUGAAGCGGAUGGGCUUUGAAGACCCCAAGGACAAGAACGCCCAGGAAAGUGCAAAUCCUGAGGAUGAAGUGGAUGAAUUUCUGGGUCGUGCCAUUGAUGCCAGGAGCAUCGACAGGCUGCGGUCCGAGCAUGUUCGCAAGUUCCUGCUGACCUUCAGGGAGCCUGACUUAGAGAAGAAGUACUCCAAGCAGGUGGAUGACCGAUUCGGUGCCUACGUGGCAUGUGCCUCGCUCGUCUUCCUCUUCAUCUGCUUUGUCCAGAUCACCAUUGUGCCCCACUCCGUGUUCAUGUGGAGCUUCUACUUGUCGUGUUUCCUGCUGCUGACCUUGGCGGUGUUUGUGUCUAUGAUCUACUCCUGCAUGAAGCUUUUCCCGGCCCCGCUGCAGACCCUCUCCAGGAAGAUCGUGCGGUCCAAGAUGAACAGCACCCUGGUAGGCGUGUUCGCCAUCACCCUGGUGUUCCUGUCGGCUUUUGUGAACAUGUUCACGUGCAACUCCAAGGACCUAUUUGGCUGCCUGGCUGAGGAGCACAACGUCAGCACCAGCCAGGUCAACGCGUGCCACGUGGUGGAGUCAGUCUUCAACUACAGCCUGGGUGAUGAGCAGGGCUUCUGCGGCAGCCCCUGGCCCAACUGCAACUUCCCCGAGUACUUCACUUACAGCGUGCUGCUCUGCCUGCUGGCCUGCUCCGUGUUCCUGCAGAUCAGCUGCAUCGGGAAGCUGGUGCUCAUGCUGGCCAUUGAGCUCAUCUAUGUGCUCAUCGUCGAGGUGCCCGGUGUCACGCUCUUUGACAAUGCUGACUUGCUGGUCACCGCCAACGCCAUAGACUUCAACAACAACGGGACCUCCCAGUGCCCUGAGCACCCGACCAAGGUGGCACUGAAGGUUGCAACGCCCAUCAUCAUCUCAGUCUUUGUGCUGGCCCUGUACCUGCAUGCCCAGCAGGUGGAGUCCACCGCCCGCCUGGACUUCCUCUGGAAACUGCAGGCCACCGAGGAGAAGGAGGAGAUGGAGGAGCUGCAAGCCUACAACCGGCGGCUGCUACAUAACAUCCUGCCCAAGGAUGUGGCUGCGCACUUCCUGGCCCGCGAGCGUCGCAACGACGAGCUCUACUACCAGUCGUGUGAGUGCGUGGCCGUCAUGUUCGCCUCCAUCGCCAACUUCUCUGAGUUCUACGUGGAGCUGGAGGCCAACAACGAGGGCGUUGAGUGUCUGCGGCUGCUCAACGAGAUCAUUGCCGACUUUGACGAGAUCAUCAGCGAGGAUCGGUUCAGGCAGCUGGAAAAGAUCAAGACCAUCGGCAGCACCUACAUGGCUGCCUCAGGCCUCAACGACUCCACCUACGACAAGGUGGGCAAGACUCACAUCAAAGCCUUGGCCGACUUUGCCAUGAAGCUGAUGGACCAAAUGAAAUACAUCAAUGAACAUUCCUUCAACAACUUCCAGAUGAAGAUCGGGCUCAAUAUUGGUCCCGUGGUGGCAGGGGUGAUCGGGGCCCGCAAGCCUCAGUAUGACAUCUGGGGCAAUACGGUGAACGUGGCCAGCCGCAUGGACAGCACUGGUGUGCCCGACCGCAUCCAGGUCACCACAGACAUGUACCAGGUGCUGGCCGCCAACACGUACCAGCUGGAGUGCCGGGGUGUGGUCAAGGUCAAGGGCAAAGGCGAGAUGAUGACCUACUUCCUCAACGGAGGGCCCCCGCCCAGUUAGCAGCUGCCGGGCCGCCAGGGAAACAGAGGCAGCCCGGCUCCAGCCCACGAAACCGCCCUGAGAUUUUCCACUUUGACUCCAGAAGCAGCUUCCGCCUUUGCGGGCGGGGCGGGCGGGCAGCCUCCGUCCCGGGCCCCGGGGUGCCAGCGUCCUGCGAGCACCAAGCUGACCAAAGAUGCCUCCCCCUGUAGAAGAUGCCGCCACACCCGGUCGGAGUCUCGAGUUUUCGAGCGGGUGCUGCUGCCGCGCGGGCAGAGAGGAGCCGCUGGAGGGACGUGGGUGCGCGGCAGCCCAGGCGCGGGCAGGGCGGAGAGCCCGACCUCGGGAGGGUGGGGAGACGGUGCGGCUCUGGCCCCGGGGAGCCUGGGGAUCCGGGGUCCCCUUUUCUACGAGAGCCUUUAAACUUGAGACAGAGGCCGCGGCCCUGCUCCGUGAUGGAGGGGCCCUCGGCAGGAGUGCUGGCUUUGGAGGGACCUUCGUCGCCGUCUCCUCCCACGACCUACACUCUCAACGGUGCCCCAGCAGGGGCAGAACUAACUGCGAGGGGGAGGCCAGAGGACUCUGAGCAAGGAGUGCUGGUUCUGAGAAAAAGAAAAUAUUUAUUAAAUAAAACGAAACACG